AUCCUCACGAAUCUUUACCAACCUAUACGUGUAAACGCUGCUUCGAAGCGAAUGCUUGACGGCAAAAACAAAUUAACAUCCAAACGUCAAAUGUUGUUGACGAUCAUUUUGUAAGGUUAUUAAGCGGAGCCAAACUUACGCAAAUUCGUAAAUUACUGGGUGUGAAGUAGUUGAAACUCCAAACAAAACAGUCCCAACAAUGUCGGACGUUGAAAUGAUGGAUGAAAAGGUACAGGACGCGCUGGAUGAAAGUGCCGAAAAGACAGACACAGAAGAUGACGAAUCCUCGGAAGGAACCAAUACGGAGGAUGAAGACACCGAGGAUGAUGAAAAUGAUGAAUCUAUUGAGUCGAAACACAUUAAAGAGUACAUCGAGAUACUAACCAAAAUAGCUGGCGACAAGUACAACUAUGACAACUAUGCUGAACUGCUGGAAGUGGCGCACCAAAUGAACGAUCUGGAAAAGAUUCGCCAAAGUGCAGAAAUAUUUUCCGCGAUGUACCCACUGUCGCCCGAGAUAUGGCUAAAGUGGCUUAAAAUUGAAUCUUCCCUUGCGACAACGGACGAGCAGGUGGAAAAAGUUGAAAAGCUUUUCCAACGCGCACUCAACGAUUAUUAUUCGGCCGAAGUAGCAUUAGAGUUCGCCGAACUGGCUAUGAAAACCAGCAGUAAGGACAUUUCGCUCCGAAUUUGGAAAACAUUAAUACCUACGUACGGGUUGCACACAGUGAAGGGAAGAUCUAUCUUCGAAGCCUAUCGAGAGGAUACGCUGACAAAAAAUGGAGAUUCUCCAGCCAGCUUCAAUCUAUUGGCCCGGAUUUAUGAGCAAGAGUUGAAAAUACCUUUGCGCAACAUGGAAGAUUCGUACAUCGAGUACAAGCUGUUGUGUGAGAAAUAUAAAGAUGUGAUUACGGAUUUAGACGAGGAAAAAUUUGAACGACGGUACAAGCAAGCCAAGGACGCCCUACAACGAAUGCUAUCUCACGAAAAUGCGCUGGCAGCACUGGGGUCACACUGUCACCAGGAACGGGCCGAUCUCUACCGGAAGUAUAUCGCUGAAUGUCAGGCAGUGCUAGAUGAUGAUGAGGUACAAAUUCUCUACGAGCGCAUGGUCACCGAAUGCUGUCUGGAUGGGACGGUUUGGUACGAUUACGUGCGUUACCUUCAUCGGUGCCCUCCCGAUCCGGAAGAAAAUUCAGCAUCACCCGUCUUUCGACAAACCGAACUCGAGCUAGUGAAUCGUGCUUUGCGCAACUGUACUUGGAGUGCGGAGUUAUACGUGGAGAAGAUGCGCAUAGUCGAGCGGCAGGCGAAACCUUCUUCCAAAAUGACCAUCCUGAAGAUAAUGGAGGAUGUGGCGUCGGCGGGUCUUCAAACGCCCGAAGCAUCGGUGAAGGUGUGGCUGGAAUACUUAACGUAUUUACGCCGAGUGACCGAUUUUACGAGCGAAAAGGAGCGGGACAUAUUGCGCGCUAACUUUGACCUUGCGUGGAAUCAGUUGGGUCGGACAUGGGGAGUGUUGGCCGAUCCACAGUGCAAGAUAUUACAAUUUUGGGGCAGGCUCGAAUAUGAAGCGCUAGGAGAACCGAGCAAGGGACGCGACCUGUGGUACAGUGUAAUGGAUAGUGCCGACAAUUCUACGCGCGUAGGACUCUGGAUAGAGUUUAUCGAACUGGAAGCAAAGCGUGGAGCAGAUGCUGUGCGAAAACUGUACCGAAAGUCAAUCAACUGCGCCGGAUUAGAUGAUCCGGAAACGUUAGCGGCCGCUUGGUUGCGUUUUGAACGGUGUAACGGUACAUUGGAUCAGUUGAUAACCUGCCAGGAACUGUGCAAUGCUACCAUUGAGAAGUACUACAAAACAUUAUCCAAAAAUGGACCACCUAACCGAGUGGCAAAGGGAAAACGCACAGAGACCGGUGGGACAAGCGCAAACAAAGAAACGGAACCAUCGACUACAAAGCGGCAUACAUCGUCCGUUGACGGCCCAAGUGGAUCACCGGGGAAGAAAAAAUUGAAACGCACCCAUGAUCAAAUGUCGGACAGUACAGGUGAGCGGCAGGUAGAGUUCAAAACCCCAGCCAUUCCAGUUGCGAACAAUUCCAAACAUCAUGAGAACAAACACGAUCCGGCAAAUCAUCCCAAAAUGGACGAUGAUAACGAUUACGUUUCAAAAGGUGAUCAAAAUCGUCAGGUGUUCAUUAGCAAUCUCAGCUUUGAAGUGACGGAACCCGACAUUAGAGCGAUCUUUCCCGAGUUAACCAUCGAUUCAAUAGAGCUUGUUGCGUCCAGUUCCGGAAAGAGUCGCGGUUUCGGCUAUAUGCAGCUUGCCAGCGCCGAGGAAGUGCCCAAAGCGCUCGGUUUCGAUCGGCGUCCUCUGAACGGUCGUCCAGUGUUUAUUUCCAAUGUGGCACGUGAUAAGGCAACUCGGCAGCAUCAGUUCAAAUAUUCGUCGUCUUUCGAACCGAACAAACUGUUCAUCAAAGGGUUGCCGUUUAAUUUGGGCCGGAACGAGCUGGAGAAGUUGUUUGAACCGUUCGGUCCCAUCCGGGACAUACGAAUUGUUUGCUACAGAAGCGGCAAAUCGAAGGGACUAGCCUACCUGGAGUACGAAACGGAGUCGGCCGCCAAGAAGGCCGUGCUGAAGAUGGAUCAACACGUGAUCGAUGGGUUCACGAUUACGGUUGCCAUUUCGUCACCGCCACCGAAGAAAAAUCCAACUGCAACUGAACCAAACCUUGCCGUGGGAGAUAGCGGCAGUUCAAGCUUUAGCCUCGGUUCCGGAAAGAAACAACUGGCCAAAGGGGAUGUGAAGCAAAAGUUAUCGCCCAUGAUUCCGACCGCCGUCUUGAAAAAGAACGCAGCUUCUACAGUGACCGCCUCCGAAGAUAAACCAAAAUCUAACGAUGAUUUUCGGAAACUUUUGCUGAAGUAAUAGACCAGUGGGCCAGUGUUGCGCGUCCCUUUGGCAAUUCAAGUUUGAUUACUUAUGAUUCUACAUAAGUACUAUGUAACAAUAUUCCCUCCGUGCUUACUUUCAAUUUACUUCCAAAUAUUUGUUUCUCUAUUCCGUUUCUAAUAUUUAUAUUGAUCUCCAUUUUCUGCUUGGAUCUGGCCAUGUCUUCGCGACGUGCUCGACCCUGAGCAGGCCAAGAAGAAGACGAAGGAGAGAUUUUCUGCAAAUCAUCCCACAACUUUGUCCUACAACUGAUCAUUAGUAAUUGUAAUUGCUCUUCCUAUUCUUUCGCAUCCUCAUCGCAACUCAUUCUCAUUAAUAACAAUACCCACAUAACAACUGCUUUUUCUUUUUUGCAUUGAUAAGUUUUCUAUUUUCAUCGCUGUAAAACACGCUCCUGAUAGGUUGCGUGCAUUUGAAAAUAAAGUUGCUUGUAAACACCAA